AUGUCGGAUGCUUCUAAACCCGAAGGUGACGGUGUUCCGUCUGCCAACGGCCUUGCCAAGAUCACACUGCAGACGGAGCUCUCGGCCAUGGACAUGGCAGUACUACCGCCGGUUGAACCCAAUAUUAUCCGUACAACGACGCAAGAAAAGGCUACGAUCUUGCUGGAUGACUGUCUCGCGUGUAGCGGCUGCGUCACGUCAGCCGAGACCGUGUUAAUCUCGCAGCAAAGUUGCAAGGAAAUGCUGGACGUACUUGCUGCCCACACGUACAAGUACGUGGUAGUGACACUAUCACCACAGUCACGUGCGUCAUUGGCAGUUCAUUUUGAUAUGCCAGUGAUUGUAGUGCACCGCAAGCUCGUGACGCUGUUUCGGACUCUUGGAGUGAACCUUGUGAUCGACUCGACGUGUAGUGGAGACUUAGCGCUGCUUGAAUCUCGUGCAGAGUUUUUGCGCAGAUAUUGUGACCAGCAAAAGACCAUCUGGGCACGACCACCGUCGUCUGUAGCAGUCUCGUCGAGAAAGACGGAGUAUCUGGAGCCCAGUACUGCUGCUAACCCUUUGCAAGACCCGCUACGAGCUAUGCCGAUGUUGGCUUCGUCGUGCCCUGGAUGGAUCUGUUAUGCCGAAAAGUCCCAGCCGAAUGCCAUUCCGUUCAUUGAUACUACGAAAUCUCCACAGCAGAUUGCAGGCUCGAUUGUCAAGCGCUUCCUGAGUGGCGAGCGUGGAAUAGCGCCGGACGAAGUUUACCAUGUUGCGGUGAUGCCAUGCUUUGACAAGAAACUGGAGGCAUCGCGAAAGGAUUUUCAGGACCCGGAGCAUGCAACCAGAGAAGUGGACUGUGUGCUUGCUACCACGGAGAUUAUUGAGCUGGUCGAGUCGCUGAAUAUUGACUUUGCGGGGUUGAAGCCAGCGAAUCUUACGCCAGAGGAGAUAAUGCUGAGCGGCGUGUCAGAAGAUGGCUCGAGUGUUUUGGGUAGUAGCUUGAAUGCUAGUUCUGGCGGCCAGCUCGAACACAUUUUUCGCUUCGCAGCUAAAAAACUCUUCAACGUAGAGGUUAGCGGUCCGCUCGAGUAUGUUGCUGGCCGCAACCCAGAUUUCCGCGAGGUAUCCUUGGUCGUCGAAGGAAAGGAGGUGCUGAAAUUUGCUGUCGCCUAUGGUUUUCGCAAUAUUCAAUCGAUCAUGACGAAGAUCCGGCGGAACAGGUGCCCAUACCACUACGUCGAAAUCAUGGCGUGCCCGAGCGGGUGCUUAAACGGUGGUGGUCAGAUUAGGCCGAAGUCGACGCUGCUGGCUACGGAGCUGCUUGAUAACGUCACAAGUCGUUUCCAGGAGCUCCAAGUGCGCGAACCCACCGCAAACCCAGCUGUGAAGUAUUUGUACGAAAAGUAUUUGGGUGGAACACCAUUCUCCGAGACAGCACGUGAAGUGCUGCAUACACAAUACCACGCUGUUCCGAAAAUGGAGCAGUCAAACCCUUUGGGCAUCAAGUGGUGA